CCGGGAGCGAGAGAGAAAGUGAAGCGACGGAAGAGCCGUGCGAUUGCCAGGCGCCAACGAUGUUUUAGGUUAGGUUGUCUGAAAAUAUGAAUAAAAAAUCAUGUUUUACUUAUUUCGUGUGAUUCUGUGCAUGGUUUAAUAAGGAGAGAUUUAAGAACUGAUUGGAAAACGUGUUUCAAUCAUCUUUAGUUUCAAAAGAAGGAUAUUGGCUUAAAAAAUCAACAUUUAUCUUCAAAAAUGCCGACUUACGAAAUGCCGAUGCUAUUACGCCUUAUGACCAAGCCGGAAAUGAGAACAAUCUUAAAGAGAACCGCACAGCUGAUUUUUGACAAAGGUGGUUUUAUUCGGAAAAUAGAAAACCUAGGCGUAAAACCAACGCCAUUUAAAAUAUCUGCACAUGGUGCUAUACAUAAAGAAGCAAAUUACUUUAUUUUCUAUUUCGACGUACCGCCGACGAAAGUUAUAGAAAUUCAGGACGAAUACACUCGUGAUAUAGAUAUUGCUAGACUUGCAAUUGUCAAAGAGUUGAAGCCGCUUCAACAACCAUGCACAUUACACGAAGAACUGUUGCCUCCUCCAUACAGACCCAGUGUGAAAAAAUUAUUGCGGGUCGCUCAAAUACAAGAGAAGAAAAAUAUGAAUAAGCAGAAAUUCCAAUACAAUAAUGGACUCGAUUAUUUACCUUUCCAGAGAUAAUUGCUACAACUUUUGUUAUUGUGAUUUGAUAGAAUAUUGUAUAAUUGUUUUCAUUACUACAGAAUAAACGUUGCAAAUACUAAA